GAGACUUUUUCAAUCAGCCUCAGCUGAGGAGAGAGAGAGGAGAAAAGUCCGUGCUACACUUGGAAAACUCUGACACAAGAAGACAUUGGCGGACACUUGCAAAUAAAGGAGAGCACUGACUGCCGGGCUUUCUCCUGUCACGGCAAACAGGAACCGUAUGGUUGGAAAGCAAGAAGAAGACGAGGAAGACAAGUGCGGACGGUCUGGCUGGGUUCAGUGACAGGAUGCUUUUUGAUGUUGCGGGUUUGGAUGGUCCAGGAGAAGGCAGAGAGCACUUGGAGUCAUACCUGUGAGGUUGUCUGCCUAGGAAAAAAAUGUGCUGACCACAGCUGCAAGCAAGCAGCACAGGAUAGAGGAAGACAGACGAGGAGGAUGCUCCAGGCACAAUAAAGAAGAAGCUGGCUUUGCAUAGAUCAUAUCAGGCUGUCAGUGUGGAGUAGAGUUGGAGGCUGCGGGGCGGCUGUGAGCUGUGUGAAGUUCCUGAGAGUGCAGAGAGGCAGUCACUCACAGAGAGACACUUGUACGGGCAGGAGAGCACUGGCACUCUGGCACACGGACGGAUAUAAAGACGCACAGUCUCGCACCUUUGCCACUCUGCACGACCGUGUUCGUUGUGGCUGCACCUCAGGGAUUUGACAGAGGCGGGUUGGUGCUGGUGCGAUGGUGGCGCUGUGGUCGCCUCAGGAGUGGGCCUGGCAGGCGGUUCUCCUGGUGACCAUACUGGCAUCGCUGGGUCUUGGGUCUGAUGCCAACAUGUUGGACACCAUGUUACUAAAGAAUGGACGGAAGCGGGGAUCAGAGCGAAAGGCAGAGGAGAGCAGCAGCAGCAGCAGCAGCAGCAGCAGCAGCAGCAGCAGCAGCACAGCCACAGUUUCAGUUCAGAACAUGCUUUUGUGCCACUGCAACCACCACUGCCCUGAAAACUCCUUCAACAACACUUGCAUAACUAACGGUUACUGCUUCACCAUGGUGGAGGAGGAGGACGGCGGCGUGGCCGUUCUCACUGCAGGAUGUUUAGGAUUGGCUGGUUCGGAGUUCCAGUGUCGAGACACGGGGAAGUCGCGCUCCAGGAGAGCUCUGGAGUGCUGCACCGAUCAGGACUACUGCAACCGAGAUUUGCAUCCCACUCUUCCUCCGCUCAUGACGUCAGAUUAUGUGGACAGCAGCAUCCAGUACAUGGCUCUCUUCAUCUCAAUCACAGUCUGCACCAUCAUCCUUGGCCUCAUCCUUGUCUUUUUCUACUUCAGGUAUAAGCGGCAGGAGUCACAGCCGCGCUACAGCAUCGAUCUGGAGCAGGACGAGACCUACAUCCCGCCUGGAGAGUCACUGAAGGACCUGAUGGAGCACUCCCGGAGCACAGGGUCUGGCUCAGGCUCAGGUCUCCCUCUACUGGUGCAGCGAACCAUUGCCAAGCAAAUUCAGAUGGUGAAGCAGAUUGGAAAAGGGCGAUACGGAGAGGUCUGGAUGGGCAAAUGGAGAGGAGAGAGAGUGGCAGUCAAAGUCUUCUUCACCACAGAGGAAGAGAGCUGGUUCAGAGAGACGGAAAUUUAUCAGACCUUCCUGAUGAGACACGACAACAUACUCGGAUUCAUAGCAGCCGACAUUAAAGGAACAGGCUCAUGGACUCAGCUGUACCUGAUCACAGACUACCACGAGAAUGGAUCCCUGUACGACUACCUCAAGUCCAACACCUUAGACGUCAACUCUCUGCUGAAACUGGCCUACUCCUCCAUCUCAGGCCUCUGUCACCUGCACACCGAGAUCUACGGCACACAGGGCAAACCGGCCAUAGCGCACAGAGACCUGAAGAGUAAAAACAUCCUGGUUAAAAAGAACGGCUCCUGCUGUAUAGCAGAUCUGGGCCUGGCUGUCAAGUUUAACAGUGACACAAACGAGGUGGACAUCCCUCCAAACCUGCGCGUCGGGACUAAGCGCUACAUGCCGCCUGAAGUGCUGGACGAGACCCUGAACAGGACCUAUUUCCAGUCUUUCAUCAUGGCCGACAUGUACAGUUUUGGUCUCAUUGUUUGGGAGAUGGUGCGACGCUGCAUCUCUGGAGGCAUUGUGGAGGAGUAUCAGCUGCCCUAUCACGACCUCGUGCCCACUGAUCCUUCCUAUGAGGACAUGAGGGAAGUUGUGUGCAUUAAGAAGCAGAGACCUUCGUUUGCUAAUCGCUGGAGCAGUGAUGAGUGUCUACGACAGAUGGGGAAACUGAUGUCCGAGUGCUGGGCUCACAACCCGGCCUCGCGCCUCACAGCCCUGAGGGUGAAGAAGACCCUGGCGAAGAUGUUGGAGUGCCAAGACAUCAAAAUGUGACAGGGGAUCGAGAAAGACGCUCUCAUCAUUCAGAGACUGGUCACUGCCACUGGCAGGGCUCCGCUUACACUGGCUGAUAGAAGACAGAAAAAAAAAAGGAGACUUGUCAAUGUUGGGACAAAGGAAAGUGACAGGGAACAAGAGUGAUGGACGUGUUUGGUCGAUGGGGAGACAGAAAAAUGAGAGGCAAAAGAUUUAUUGUGUCUGGAGAGAUGUGACCUCCCGUGUCACCUGCGCCUCAGACAAAGUGUUCACGUUGUGCUUUCUGUGAAAGCUUAAGCGGUUGUUGGGUCCCGACUGUCCAGGUGGGCAUGUGGACAGGGACCCGUGCAGGAGACUGCAGGUACUAGAAUCCCUCUGACCUGUUCCACGCAGAGGGAGCUCCUGCUCUGCCCGACUAAAGCCAUAACAUACAUAUACUGUAUAUAUACGUCAGUAUCGCAGUAUUUCAUGUGCAGUCUUUUGUACCGUCACAGCUGCCUUCAUGUUUGUUUUUUUAAGUUUUGACUCAGUCACUACUUGCUAUAAUGUCAUAGCAGACUGUAGACUGUCUUUUAAGUGAAGACUAUUUCAUGCCCAGUGACCGCUCAGAAUUAUUAUUAUUAUUAUUAUUAUUGUUAUUACAGAUAAUGACUUUUUUAAUGUUGAAAGAAGAUGUCUGGGUUAAAGUGUUUAUAUCACUGAGUUUGUGAACUUUCUCCUUCAUAUUCCUCUUUGGUGUCUUUAAUUUCCACUCACGGUUCAUUUGUAAAUAGCUGAGCUGAAAUCUAUUGAUAAUUAUUGACUUGCUGGAUGUUAAAAUUGUUUUUUUUUGACAAUGUCUGUAUGCAGAAUUAUGUCCCGUCCACUCUACCACUGCGGCAUGUGCCUUAUUUAAUCUGUACAUAAUGUGAUCAUGAGAGUGUACGAGUGGAUUUGGAUUACAUUCCCUAAUUAAACAAACUGUGUCCUAAA